AUGCUGAGACACCAGCGUGUUCACACCACUGAGAAGCCGUUCCUCUGCUCAGAAUGUGGGAAGAGAUACAUUCGCUCUUCCACUCUACAGAGACAUCCGCGAGUUCACACUGGUUACCACCCCCUACUGGCAAGGUUUCAAGGACCAUACAAAGUAGUUAAGAAAAUAGACUCGCUGAACUAUGUGAUUGAAACCCCUGAUAGGCGCAGGCCGAACCAGUUGGUUCAUGUAAACAUGCUGAAAGGUUAUCAUGAAACGACCCCCGCGGAGGUCGGUGCAGUCACGAAAACUGAUGAGCUGAAGGUACAUGAGAGAAUUCACACUGGAGAGAGGCCAUUCACCUGCUCAGACUGUGGGAAGGGAUUCACUCGGUCAUCCACCCUAAUGGUACACCAACGAGUUCACAACGGGCAGCGGCCAUUCACCUGCUCGGACUGUGGGAAGGGAUUCACUUGCUCAUCUGAACUGAAGGUGCAUCAGCGAGUUCACACUGGAGAGAGGCCAUUCACCUGCUCAGACUGUGGGAAGGGAUUCACUCAGUCAUACAACCUAAUGGCUCUCCAGCGAGUUCACACCGGGGAGCGGCCGUUCACCUGUUCGGACUGUGGAAAGGGAUUCACUUGCUCAUCUAAACUGAAGCUACAUGAGAGAGUUCACACUGGAGAGAGGCCAUUCAUCUGCUCAGAAUGUGGGAAGGGAUUCACUCAGUCAUGUCAUCUAAAGGCACAUCAGCUAGUUCACACCAGAGAGAGGCCAUUCACCUGCUCAGACUGUGGGAAGGGAUUCACUGGGUCAUCCCAACUACAAGCACACCAGUCAGUUCACACUGGGGAGAAGCCAUUCACCUGCUCAGUCUGCGGGAAGAGAUUCAGUCAGUCAUCUAAUCUGAAGGUACACCUGCGAGUUCACACUGGGGAGAAGCCAUUCACCGUCUGAAGCCUGAAUUUUACCUCUGCAUAGACGCUACUUGUGUGUUCUUGUGCCUGUGUCAC